AUGUCGGGAGAUAGUGCCAAGACGGUCCGCAGCCUGACGCCAUCACCAAUCGUGCAGCCGGCUGGCCGACCACUUGCUUCUCAGCAUCACAAGUCCGCGGCUGCCGCAGCAGCAUUGACACCAAUAGAUGCAGCCACAACAGAGGCAGGCUGGCGAUUGGAAACACCUGUUGCUGCCUGUCCUAGAUCUCCGGCCUCUGCCUCUGCCACCACGGACGCCUCCGAACCCUGGACACCGACACGCACACGAUCGAACUCCUCGUCCAAUUACUUACCGCUUUCCACCUUUCCCUCGUCCACAUCGCCCGUGCCUUCACGAGACUACCAGCCUCCCGGCCUUUCCGCGGGCGAGAAGACCAAAGAUCCCCUCUUGGCUUUGCCACCACCACUGUCCCGUGCUCACGACCAGGAUCAAGAACGGAGCUGGGGCCGCAUGGGCCCCCAAGCUUCUGGCAGUCAAAUUGGUGCAGGCAGCCAGACGAGAGAGCACGUCUCUGGAGAGUACCUGUCUGAUAAGGUAGAGGGAGCUGCUUCGACAGUCAUCGUGGUUGCGGCCGACAACCACGACAACAGUCCCAGCUGUGACCACGAUCACGAUGGCCCUGCUAAAACCGUCGACUCGCACGAUCUUGCCUGGGACCAGACCCGCCUACGCAUCGCCUACCUUGUCAGCACCAUGGUGUCACCACCUGGCGACGUUGCCACAAACGACUCUUACGAAGAGCUGUCUGACAGAAAUGCAUCUCCGGAUCGGAUAGCAUCGGCUGCCACAGAUGCGGCUGUCACCGCUGCCACGCCCCUGCCCGACCGGGCCACCGUGCGGCGCGACCCCAGCCCAAAGAUCGACAUCGACCCCUGUCCAGGAGGCUGGCCAGGUCUCGAGCUGUUAAAGAAGCGUCGGCGCAUCACCCAGAUCCAGAGGUGGUGCGGCGAGAUUGCCGCCCUGGGCAACAGCCGGACGUACUGUGCCUGCUCGGUUGGCUGUGCUGUGCCUCAAGGCGACGGGCCGUUUGAAGAAUGCGCCACACCGGAAUACACUUUGCAAGACGACCCAGAUGCGGACGUCGCUGUCGAGAGCAUUCAUGUGCCGCCGGCAUCACCAUCUGCAGCGUCGCAUCUUUCUCUAUCAAUCUCUUAUUCCGUCCCGCCCUCCCCAACCCCGUCAUUACCAACACCAGCACCGGUAGCAGCCUCUGCUCACUCUUCGUCCCGCUGCGACGGCUGUGGACACCGCUUGACUCCGAGCCGACCGUUUGACUUUGUUGGAGAUGCCGGCCUGCUCAAGGGAAGCCGACAUACCCCGGACAGCAGCGCUGCCCAGGGCUUGCGCAAGGCAUUACGGGGCAUCCGCGGCCUUGUCUCGCGAAAGAAGGAGCCGGCCGAGAGCCGGGAUGAGAAGAAAGAGCUGUCGAUGCAGCAGCAACGACAGCAGCGGGAGUGGGACCGCAACCUGUCCCGGAUGCGGCCCUGGGACCAGUGGCACGAGCUAAACUGCCGGCACACCUCUGGCGAGUUCUUUACCCGGACCACUAUGUAUGGCGGAUCUGCUUCCGGUUCAUCGCCGACCGAAUCCCAUCGCCCGGCAUUGGCUAGGCGCAACACGACUGCUCCGGGCCACAACCCCAGCUACGACCAGCGCCAUGGUGCUACGAGCGCCAGGAUAGACGAGCUGAACAGCGACAACAUCAGUAGCAGCAGCGUCAGCGACAGCGGCAACGCCGACUCGCAGGAGCUGGAGAGGCGCCGCCAGCGCGAGAUGGAUGCAAGGCUACAACGAGCACAGCGGCUGCUGGCCUCCGAGUCCGACGGCAGAAAGGCGGUCGCCUCAGGGCAAGCACCACAAUUGCCACCACUCCUGAUCACGGGAGAAGCAUUCUGCCUAUAG